AUGGCCGAGCCUGACUAUGACGGGGAACCCACCCAGCGACUUUCUGAGUUUGAUCGACUCCACGCUCCCCCAUUAGAUGCCAUUCCUCCAGCAACUUCGUUGACAGUUCCUAUCGUGUCCGACUCUGAUUUGGACACGUUUGCCAGGCUCAUUCCCUCCAACCCCGCUGCAAUCCGUGCGUUCCAUGAGAUUGCAGUGAGUCUCGAUGAUCCAGCAUAUCUGCCUCACUCUCGUGCUUUUGUUCAUCUUGAUGAACAGCCGCCACUUCCUUCGCGUCCAGUUGCUCUAGAAAGCCCACAGAUAGAUCAGGGCAUCGCUACAAGCCAUUCCCCAGCUCCCUCCUCCCCAACCUCAUCACUCAGCGACGAUGAUGAGCCAGCGCCUCGCCCUCAGCGAACAGGAUACUUUUGCUUUAGCAUGUUUGUAUUACCUUCGGAUUUUAGAAGCGGCUGGAUCAUUGGUGCAGGACGGAGUGACAAAGUCAACCUCGGAGUGGAUCUGCUCAUCACCCUCAACGGCGAGCGCGACUUUGUCCGCGGUCGACAUGCCCGUCUAGUCCAUCACCCCACCACCAGCAUGCUCAUGCUGAAAACGGUAUCGGGUGCUCUUCACGUCUCAAUCAAUGCAGAGAAGAUUGACAGGAACGGUAGAGUCGUGUCCUGGCCUUCUCAGAGCAUUGACAUUGGAAAUUUGACCUACACCCUCGAGUAUUCCCAGCAUCCGGCAGUCAAAUCUCGCUAUACCCAGGCGCUUCGUGACCUGCUCGCUGCUAACCCCGGGUUUAAUUCCUACCCCACCACCUCUUUGGAUCCUACACCAUCCUCGAACCAUUAUCAUCUCGGAAACUACUCCAUUCAGACCCCGCAGGCCUCUGGUACAUAUGGCACAGUGUCUGCUGCCGUCGAUCUCAAGACCGGUGAGGUCUACGCCGUCAAGAAACUGACCAGGACAAAGUACAACUUUGACCUUGUUGCCCAUGAGGUCAACAUGAUGAAGUACCUGGGAUCGCAUCCUCACAUCUGCAUCCUGCACAAUGUCCUUUUCUCCGACGGCGACGAGUAUGGAAUGGGAGACAGAAAGGUCAAUGAGGUCUUCAUGAUCCUCUCUCCUCUCGCAACCAGGACAUUGGCCGAGUUGAUAGGUGCCUCCGAAGACCGAGCUCUCCUUCUCCGUGCAUUGCAUCAGACCGCUCAAGGAGUGCGUUACGUCCAUUCUCGAGGCAUCAUUCACCGCGAUCUGAAACCCAAUAACCUCCUCGUUACCGAUCCCUUCCGAGUCAUGGUUGCAGAUUUUGGCCAUGCGACACGGGAACUUCACUCCAAGGAUCACCUCAAGGGAACAAUGGCCUAUCUUCCACCCGAGAUCAUAGAUCUGAAGAUCUCCAGCAGAUCCAAGGGCUCUUGGUCUACCGCGUCAGACGUCUUUGCCUUUGGAGUCGUUGGCUUUGAGCUCCUUCAUGGCAUGUUCAAGCGGCGGUCGUCAGGUGUUAUCGAUGAUGCUAUCCUCGGCCUCUUGCGAGGCAGGAUAGAAUAUUCCCACACCGAUUUUGACGCCAUACUUCAGACUGCGUUACGUUCUGACCCUCAAAAAAGACCCAGCAUGAGAGAUAUCUGCCUUGCCCCUGUAUGGCCAGGGCCAGAGACUGAAGUCAACAUCGGCAAGAGGAAAUCAAUCCCUCCUUGAAAAACAUGUUUGAAGUAGUCUACACCAAACUUGUGGACAUCUCAAGCAUCUACGAUGUGAGAUUCGCCGUUCACGACAGACGAUUAAUUGAUUCAUGACAACAGACAACAGACCAGAAAAUUACCAAUACUCAUCACGAGAUAUGUGGUUGGCAGUUACAAUAGACUAGACUCGGGCCCUGCACAGCCCCC